AUGAUAAGUCCUAUCAAGAACGAAAAUGAAAUACUGGAUUUUGGGAAGGAGACUGUAAAAAGUGUGGACGAGAAGUUGCCGAUUCUCAAAUUCCACUACAACUGGGCCGAGAUGGUAGAAAAGGUGGAAGAGGAGAAAUUAAAGGAAGAAAAGAAUGAAACUCAAAUGAAUUUCGAGGAAGAGACAAAGAAAACUGUGGAAGAACAUUUGGCUUUUCUGAAUUUAAAAGAUGAGAUGAUUGAAAAGAAGGAUGGAAAAAUAAAGACAAAAGCAAAACAAAUAGCAGAUGCUAAGCAAAAGAAACCGAGAACCAAGAGGACAAAAUUGAGAAUGGAGAAAGAAGAGGAGAAUUUGAAGAGAAAGAUAUUGAAAAAACAAGUUGAGAUGCUGAAAGUGGAGGAAAACACAGAGGAGGGGAAAUCAAACACAAAUAAAAAGAGUGAAUCACAAGAAGCAUCGAAUGAGGAGAAAUCAGAUGUAAGAGAAAGGAUAAAGCCAGCUAAGGAGGAAGAGAAGGAUAAAUCAGAUGAAGGAAAUAAGACAGGGAAGUCAGAGAAGGAUAAAUCAGAUGAAGGAAAUAAGACAGGGAAGUCAGAGGAGGAUAAAUCAUAUGAAGAAAAUAAGACAGAGAAGUCAGAGGAGGAAGAGAAGGAUAAAUCAGAUGAAGGAAAUAAGACAGGGAAGUCAGAGAAGGAAGAGAAGGAUAAAUCAGAUGAAGGAAAUAAGACAGGGAAGUCAGAGGAGGAAGAGAAGGACAAAUCAGAUGAAGAAAAUAAGACAGAGAAGUCAGAGGAGGAAGAGAAGGAUAAGUCAGAUGAAGAAAAUAAGACAGGGAAGUCAGAGAAGGAAGAGAAGGAUAAAUCAGAUGAAGGAAAUAAGACAGGGAAGUCAGAGGAGGAAGAGAAGGAUAAGUUAGAUGAAGAAAAUAAGACAGGGAAGUCAGAGGAGGAAGAGAAGGAUAAGUUAGAUGAAGAAAAUAAGAUAGAGAAGUCAGAGGAGGAAGAGAAGGAUAAAUCAGAUGAAGGAAAUAAGAUACAGAAGUCAGAGGAGGAAGAGAUGGAUAAGUCAGAUGAAGGAAAUAAGACAGGGAAGUCAGAGGAGGAAGAGAAUGAUAAGCCAGACAAAGAAAAAAAGAUAGAGACUUCAGAGGAGGAAGAGAAAGACAAGUCAGACAAAGGAAGUAAGUUAGAUAUGUCAGAUUAUAAAGAGUUUGAUAAAACAGAAAAAGGAAAUAAGAAAGAGGCUUCAGAGGAGGUAGAAAACUAUAAGUCAGAUAAAGGAAAUGAGAAAGAGACAUCAGAGGAAGAAAAGAAGGAAAAGUUAAACAAAGAAAACACCAGAGAGACGUCAGAAGAGGAAAAGAAGGAUAAAACAGACGAAAGCAAAAAGAACGAGACUUCAGAUGAGGAAGAAAAGGAUAAAUCAGACAAUGGAAAAAAGAUAAAGACGUCAGUGGAAGAAGAGAAGGAUAAACCUGACAGAGGAAUUAAGAUAGAAACGUCAGAGGAGGAAGAGAAGGAAAAGUCAGACAAAGAAAAUAAUAUAGAGAUAUCAGAGGAUGAAGAAAAGGAUAAACCAGACAAAGGAAAUAAGAUAGACAAGUCAGAGGAGGAAAGGAAGGAAAAGUCAAAUGAAGGAAAUAAGAUAGAGACUUCAGAGGAGGAAAAGAUGGAUAGGCCAGACAAAGAAAAUAAGAUAGAGACUUUAGAGGAAGAAGAGAAAGAAAAGUCAGACAAAGGAAAUAAGUUAGAUACGUCAGAAGACGAAGAGAUGGAUAAAACAGAAAAAGAAAAUAAGAAAGAGACUUCAGAGGAGGAAGAGAAGUUUAAGUCAAACAAAGAAAAUAACAUAGAGACGUCAGAAGAGGAAAAAAAGGAUAAAACAGACAAAAGUAAAAAGAAGAAGACUUCAUGGGAGAAAAUAAAGGAAAAGUCAGACAAAGGAAAUAAAAUAGAGACGUCAGUGGGGGAAAAGAAGGAUAAACUAGACAAAGGAAAUAAAAUAGAGAAGUCAGAGGAGGAAGUAAAGGAUAAAUCAGAUGAAGGGAAUAAGAUAGAGAAGUCAGAGGAGGAAGAGAAGUAUAUGUCAGACAAAGGAAAUAAGACAGAAACGUCAGAGGAGAAAGAGAAUGAUAAUUCAGAUAAAGGAAAUAUUAUAGAGAAGUCAGAGGAGGAAGAGAAGUAUAUGUCAGAUGAAGGAAAUAAGAUGGAGACUUCAGAAGAGGAAGAGAAGAAUAGGCCAGACAAAGGAAAUACGACAGAAACAAAAGAAAAUAAGAAAGGGAUGUCAGAUGAGGAAGAGAAGAAUAAGUCAGACAAAAGAAAUAAGAAAGAGACACCAGAGGAGGAAACGAAGGAUAGGUCAAACAAAGAAAAUAACAUAGAGACGUCAGAGGAGGAAGAAAAGGAUAAGUCAAAGAAGGGAAAUAAAAUAAAGACGUCAGAGGAGGAAGAGAAGGAUACAUUGGACAAAUGGAAUAAGAUUGAGUCAUCAGAAGAGAAAGGGAAAAAUAAGUCAUUAAACAAGGCGAAUAAGAUAAAGACAUCAGAAGAGGAAAAGAAAGAUAAGUCAUUAAACAAAACGAAUAAGAUAAAUACGUUAGAGGAAGACGAGAAGGAUACAUCCGACAAAAGGAAUAAGAUAGAGACAUCAGAGGAGAAAGGGAAAAAUAAGUCAUUAAACAAAGCGAAUAAGAUAAAGACAUCAGAAGAGGAAGAGAAGUAUAAGUUAGAGAAAGGAGAUAAAAUAGAGACGUCAGAGGAGAGAGGGAUGGAAAAGUCAGAAGCUGAAAAACAGGAGGAGAAAGUCGAUGUAGAAAAGAAAAUUGAUAAUUUAGAGGAAGAAAUGGGGGAGGGGUCAGAUAUAGAAAAGAAGAUUAAGAUGUUGGAGGCAGAAAAACAAGAGAAGAAAAUAAACACAAAGAAAAGAAAAGAGGAAAAAUUAAAGGCACAAAAGGAGGAGGAAACAGAGAUUAAGAACGAGAGAAAAAUGCAAACAUGUAAGGAAGAAAGAUUGAAAGGAGAGAAGGAGGAGACAAAAUUUGAUAUGGAGGAUGACAUUAAUACCCAGAACAGGCAGCCUUUCUGGUACAGAUUCCUAUGUGGAACAUCAUGUUUAUCUAAGAAGGAAAAUCAGAAUAAAAAGAAAGAAAUAAAGAAAAGAACAGAGAGAACUGGAUUUCUGGAGAGAAUGAGGAAACUUGUUAAAAAAUAA